AUGAACUGCAAUACAGCUCGGGACAGAGAGACUUACAGGUUCUACCAAGCUGCCAUAAAUGCCCUCGAGCUUCGUCUCGUUGAAGACGCCCCGGGCUGUACUGUUCCCCCGGUGGGCUUCGUCCCGCGGGCUUGCAAGGAUACGGCUUUGACAGCUUUUGCCCAGCUUGGCGCCCUGCGUUUGAAUGCCCACCGCGGCUUGAUCUCCUUGCUGGACGGCAAGUAUCAGUACAUACUCGCCGAGGCGACCCGGACGCUUUCACUACUUCCAACCAUCGAACCCGACCCAAACGACAAUCUGUGGCUUGGAAGCGUCAUCAUAUCCCGGAGCAAAGGCAUCUGCGAACACGUCCUAAGCCUCGGAGAUGUACUCCAAGGGCCUAUCUACGUUGGCUCCGACAUCCCGGCGGUAAUAAUCAACGACCUCGCUGAAGAUCCGCGCUUCAAAGACAGGUCGUACGUCCUCGAGGUGCCCAAGGUUCGGUUUUAUGCUGGCGUUCCCCUACGGAGCCCCUGGGGGACCAUCAUUGGCGCCUUCUGCGUCUUCGGACAUGAGCCUCGAAAUGGGUUGGCGCAGGAGGAGCUUCUUGCCCUUCAGGGCAUCGCAACCACAGUCAUGGCAUAUCUUGAAACCAGCAAAGCUAAAGAGGGUCACCGAAGAUAUGAACAGAUGCUGCAUGGCUUGACGUCUUUCGUUACGGGAGAGACAUCCAUAAAAUCGCUUGACAAUUCCAAACGCACCACUCCGGGACGACCUCUUCCAGGCCGGCAAAACUCCAGCAGUAGCGUCAACGCGGGCAGCAGCUCCGAGGACCCAGGAAAACCGACGGCAGGUGUACGCAACACGACGGCUCAGGGGAUCCAGAAUCCAAAAGGCAAGAAAAGACCCAGUGUCCUCAGCACAUCUACUGGUACAGCUCGCAAAAAGUCGACCAUAAGUCUUCAGGAAAGCAUGCUCCCAUCGGGCUCCAAGAACAUGUUCUCAAGAGCUGCCAGCAUCAUGCGGGAAAGUAUCGACGUUUGCGGCUGCAUCAUGUUCGAUGCUUCUUUUGCCACUUACGGCGCAGCCAUCGAUUCACCCUAUGGAGCGGCCUCGGUCAAAUCCCAGUUGAAAGGCGCUGGUACCUUCUUUGCUGACACGUCCUCCAAUCGCGGCCCCGGAGGCGACGAGUCUUCACCGCGUGGAGAGCCCUUUGGUCCCGGAAUACAGACGUCGAGCUCGGAGGGGGACGGCCUGUCCGAUAAAAAGAUGUGCGAGGUCCUCGGUCAUUCUAUCAAAGAGGGUGCAAGUAUGCCGGUGGACGACUCCGGGUCAUUCUGUCCCAAUCUUGCGGAGAAAGACCUCAAGAAGCUGCUGAAGAGAUAUCCCCUGGGCCAUAUCUUCAAUGUGUCUGGGCUAGGGGAUAUAUCUUCGUCUCAAUCAUCCGACAGCGUCCCGGAGAUGGCCCCCAGCUCGAAAGUCAUCGGUUCCAAAGACUCGAGAGCGCGGGGAUCAAGAAAGGUCCUCGGGGACAGAGAGAGCAGCCUACUCCAGAAGUUGCUCGCGACCACACCAGGGGCGAGGAGCAUCGCUAUCCUACCUCUUUGGGACUAUCAGCGAAGUCGAUGGUUUUCCGGUUGCCUCUGCUGGACGACCGAGCAAAGUCGGAUUCUUUAUCCAGACGUCGACCUCAUCUACCUUCAGGCCUUCGGCAACAGCGUUAUGAUGGAACUCUCCCGACUUGACGCCGUCACUUCCGACCGGGCAAAAACCACGUUCGUGGCGUCUAUCUCGCAUGAACUCAGAUGCCCGCUACAUGGAAUACUCGGUGGUGUUCAAUUCCUGCAAGAUACUCCUCUCGGCGCCUAUCAGGCCGGCAUGCUAGACUCUGUGGCCAUGUGUGGAAAGACCCUGCUGGACACGAUUGACCAUGUUCUUGAUUUUUCCAAGGUCAACACUUUCACAAAGCAGCCGCUGAAAGCCGCGGGCAGCCGUCGACAGGAGCCAAUAGAUUUGAUGGUCCGCAAAGGCAGCCAGAGUCUGAGCGAGCCAGCAAAUUUGUUUGCAAACGUUGACUUGGCCCUGCUCACGGAAGAAGUUGUUGAGGCCGUGUUUGUAGGGCAUAGCCACCGAGGAGCUCCCAUCAGACUUGAGCAGGUGAAUGACCAGGCCAAGGCGUGGCCAUCACCUGGUAUAGCAUUGCAUCAAGCUUCUUCGAGGACGAUGCCGCAAGCAGACAACCUUGAAAGAAAGAGCGAUUCGGUUGUCCGCCUGAUCCUGGACAUCCCUCACCGUCAAAACUGGACCGUGACCACUCAGCCAGGCGCGUGGAGAAGAAUUGUGAUGAAUCUUGUCGGCAACGCUCUGAAGUACACCACAUCUGGAUAUAUCCGAGUAUCCAUGCGGACGAAACAAGCCGAGAAUAACCCCCGCCAAGACCCCAACAAGAUCAACGUCAUGUUGACGGUAUCGGACAGUGGAAAGGGCAUAUCAGCCGAGUACUUGAGAGGCGGCCUGUGGCGACCAUUCUCUCAGGAGGAUUCCUUCUCGCCCGGAACCGGACUUGGUCUGAGCAUUGUGCGCCAAAUUGUCCAGGGGUUGAGAGGAACUAUCGACCUGAAGAGUGAAGUGCAAGUAGGUACUGAGGUAAAGGUUGACCUGAGCCUUCCACUCGCGGAGAACUCGCCAGGGCCGGACAACGAAGACCGUUACCUCCCCCUUGUCGCCUCCCAAGUGCGAAAUCAUCCGAUAUGCAUUCUGGAAACGACGAGUUCAGAUGAUCUUGACGACUCCGCCCCUCUUGUGCAGAAAGCCCGCCACGAUCUUGGUGUUGCCGUGUUAAGAACCUUGAAGGGAUGGUUCGGCGCCGAUGCGGUAGUGUCAAAUCUGUUCACAGCGCUCUCGGCAGAUGUGAUCUUCUGUCUUGAGCCCCGGCUAGAAUUCCUUUCUACAUUGAAAAGCAUGCUCUCGCCAGAGAAGAAGCCGCUGGUCAUAUUCAUCGUUCUGCACGCGGCCGAGGCGGCGAAGCUGCGGUCAGACCCACGUGUCCUUUGCAGCAAACUCAUUGUUGACAUCAUCACCCAGCCAUGCGGGCCCCGGAAGCUUGCAAAAGCACUCACUCAGGAUCUGGACCACCGGGACAGGCAAAUGCCCCUGACCAUUACGCCUUUGGCUUCUCCAACAGAAGGUACUCCUGGGGACGUCUCACCGACCAUUGAGUGGAAGAGCCCGGCCUGGCGCCCGACGCACUUUGGAAACGCUCCAUCCAACUCUCGCGCACGAACAAACUCCAUCCUCGAUCACGACACGAUACCACGCACUCUCGCUGACAAGUAUUCCGCCAACACAUCCGUGCAUGAGCCACCAACCACCAGUCAUCUCCGCAUACUACUUGUUGACGACAACCGAAUCAAUCUCUCACUCCUCACGGCCUUCAUGCGACGCUACAACUUUGACUACCAAGAAGCCAUGAACGGCCUCCAAGCGGUUGAGAUGUACAAGCAAGCCGGCGGGCAGUUCGACUACAUACUGAUGGACCUCACGAUGCCAGUCAUGGACGGCAUGGCAGCGACGCGCGAGAUCCGCCGGCACGAGCAGCGCGAGGGCCUGCAGCCGACCAUCGUCAUCGCGCUGACGGGCCUGGCGUCGGCCGCGGCCCGCGUCGACGCGCUCAACAGCGGCAUCAACUUCUUCCUGACCAAACCCGUCAAGUUCCAGGCCUUGCACCACAUGCUCAAGGGCGUGACUGCCGGCGCUGUGGCGCUGGGAGGGCCGGCGUCGCCGCCGUCGUCGUCGUCACCGCCAAUACCACCACUGCCGUAG